AUGUUCUCAGUUCUCUUGCUACUCCUUGUGAGUACAACUGCCAGCCAAUUGGUAGCAGUGGGAGAAGGAGGAGAUGAUAGAAAUAUGAAAAGGUGUUUGGAUAAAGAGAGAGAUGCUCUCCUUGUUUUCAAAGCUCCCUUUCUUCAAGAUCCUUAUGGUAUUCUCUCUACCUGGACAGCUGAUCAACAUGAUUGCUGUAAAUGGAAUGGAGUCACGUGCGACAAACAAACAGGUCAUGUAACAGAGCUUGAUAUCAGCGGCCUUGGUCUUGUAGGUGAGAUAAGCCAUUCAUUGCUUAACUUAACCUACCUGAAUCAUCUUGAUCUUUCCGCCAAUUCUUUUCAUGGAAACAUUCCCACUUUCAUUGGUUCUUUGAAUCGAUUAAUUUACCUUGACCUUUCUGGUAACUCUUUUUAUGGAACCAUUCCCAGGUCAAUUGGUUCCUUGAUCAAAUUAAGGCGCCUUGACCUUUCUUUUAACUCUUUUUAUGGAACCAUUCCUCCAGAGUUUGGAAACCUCACCCACUUGCAAGAGCUUGAUCUUAGUUCUGCUGGAAGGUGUAGAGUUGAAAAGGUAGAGUGGUUGUCUCAUCUCUCUCAGUUGGAGGAACUUCAUAUGAAUGGGAUUUCCUUGUCCAAAGCAAAUCACUGGGUAGAUGCAAUUUCAAGUCUCCCAAAACUCUCAUAUUUAAGUUUAGAGGGAUGUGAGCUGUCACAGGUCAUGAAUCCAUAUUCUUCAUUUCUCAACUCUUCUUCUUCUUCAUCUAUUGUUGAACUUUAUCUUGGUGACAACAAUCUCACCUCAUCCAUGUAUUAUUGGUUGUUCCCAUUAACCACCAAUAAACUCAGAUUCCUUCAUCUCUCUGGCAACAUGUUAGAUGGGAUACCCAAAUAUCUUGGUAACCUCUGUAGUUUGCAACUUUUGGAAUUCGCUGACAACUCUGCUGCUGUCAAAUUUCCUGAUUUUCUAUACAACUUGUCUGGAUGCACAUCCCUUUCAUUACAGUCCUUGUAUGCUAUAGGAAGCCAAUUUACAGGGUCAUUGUCUGAUGACAUCCAAAAGUUUUCAUCCCUAGAAGCUUUGUAUCUAUUUGAGAAUCACUUAAAUGGAAGUAUAAGUGAGAAACUGUGGGAACUACCCAGCCUUGAAACUGUUAUCCUUUCUUCUAAUAAUCUUACAGCUCCUUUAACAGAUCAUAUGCCAAGCCUUUCUUAUGUGAAGGAACUUUAUAUGAGGUCUUGCAAGGUAGGGCCUCGCUUCCCCAAAUGGAUUCAGUCACUCAAAAACCUUACCCAUUUUGAUCUUUCCAAUACUGGAAUUUCAGACACAAUUCCUCUUGAGUUUUGGGACAUAUGGCCUUCUCAAUUAAUAUAUCUGAAUCUCUCUUCCAACAACAUUAGUGGGAAAGUACCAGAUUUGUUAUCAAAUUUUGCCAAAUGUGCAACGAUAGAUUUGAGUUCCAACAACUUUUCUGGUCCGAUACCGAAUGUUUCUUCCACUGUGUUGUCAUUAAAUCUUUCCAGAAACAAGUUCUCUGGAGCAAUCUCCUUUAUAUGCCAAAUUGUUGAUGAGUUUUUGGAAUUUCUUGACCUCUCUCAUAACUCGUUAACCGGACAACUCCCUGACUGUUUGUGGCAUCUCAAAGACCUAAGAGUUCUUAAUCUGGGACACAACAAUCUCUUUGGAAGGCUUCCUCCCUCUAUGGGAUCUUUGAUACAACUCAAGGUGUUGUCUCUAUUCAAGAACAACUUCUCUGGAGAAUUGCCUUUGUCUUUAAAAAAUUGCACGCGUUUAAAGUCGUUGAAUUUGGGGGCCAACAUGUUUUCUGGUAAUGUGUCUGUCUGGAUUGGGGAAAACUUAUCACAGUUGAGUGUUCUUAUCCUAGGAUCAAACAAAUUCUUUGGAACCAUCCCUUUACAGUUAUGUCAGUUAGCUAAUCUUCAGAUUUUAGACCUGUCAAUGAACAAUCUCCAUGGAACCAUUCCCUCAUGUUUGAGUAAUCUUACGAGCAUGGGUCAGCAAGGAGGAUUCUCACAAGAUGUAGAGUAUCAUAGAAAUUUAACUGAUAAUUCAUUUGUAUUAGAGACUUAUGUUGACCAUGCAAUGAUUGAGUGGCAAGGAGAUGAACCCGUACUUCUUCCAGUCACUAAACAACAAGAUGACCCAGGUAGGAGAUAUGGUGCACAAGAUCCAAGUAAUAAAAUCAAUUUUGUGUGCUCUUUUUGUGGACAAGUUCUGAAAGGAGGAGUAUACUGCCUCAAACAACACUUAAUUGGUGGUCAAAAAGACGCAAAGAAAUGUCCAAAUUGUCCGGAGCAUUUCGUAAAGAAGGAUCUUGAUGAAGUUAUGUUGGCAUCAAACGAGGGCAUUUUUCCAGAAGAACAACCGCAAGGAUCAGCUCUUAUUUAUUCUCAUUCUCAAAAUCAUAAGGCAAAUAAGGAUGCUCGUCAUUGGUGCGAGCAUUGCAAGAAACCUUUCCAUACGAAGACAACCUGUUGGGAAAUACAUGGAAAGCCAAAGGAUUGGAAAUCACGAAGUCAACACAGAGAAAAUCCGUCAGCUUCUGUAGUCGAGCAAACUCAUCCACUAAGCUCUGACAUCAACAAACUCACUCCAUAA